AUGACGGUUGACGACAAUGAGAUGCAGCGGCUAUGGAAACUGACGAAUGAGCUCACAGCACAGCUGGUAUUUAACAGGACUGCGACUCUGGAACUGAAGCAGCAACUUGCCGAACUUCAAGCCCAGACGUCCUGUCUCUCUCCAGCUCAUAGUUCGCGCCAGAACGAUUUGCAGGACAGUCCAGAGUCGUCGUCGGACUAUGCGCUUCGGAUAGCGAACGAGAGGUUGAGGGAGGAGAACCUGCAGCUGCAGGAGCAGGUCAAUGAGUAUGAGCGUUGGAUGGGAUACAUCAUGACCAAGUUCCGUCUUCAGAAUCUGGCCAUGGCGCAGACGAGGAAGGAAUCGAUGCAGGAAGCAAGCAAGAUGACAGAACAGGGUAAUGAGACUGCAUACCGCCUUCAGGAAGAAAACUCGGCCCUGCAAUCCCGACUCGCUGAUUUGGGGAGUGUUGCGCGGAAGGCGAUUCAUGAGGAUUAUUACACGACAGAGUCCUUGAUCGAGUCACUCGAGACGGAGAAUAGGAGUGCUGGUGUUGGCAGACAGCCCCUUUCGCCCACUGCUGCUAUGCGUAGCAGUAGCAGUAAUAGUAUCACGCACGGCUCAGGACCUGGACCGCUUACGGUGCAAACAGGACUUCGCUCGCCCACAACUACUCCAACAGCAACCACUACACCCUCAUCACUGUCAUCACCAAUUGCGUCAGCACCCUCACGGUCAGUCUCGAGUCUCUCCUCAGCAACAUCACCAACCUCUCCCUCCUGGUCGUCUUCAACGAGCGCAUCCAGUUCCGCGUUGGCUUCACCCAUAUUCCAACAGGACCCCUCCCGACGAUUGGUUUCGGUUUCCCCACCUCUCGACCCAGCAGACGAUGUUCUUCCUACUGGUGCUCAAGGUGGUGCAAGAGGAGGAAAUAUGAGGCAGCAGGAUGUUUUGGGAACUGCACCGACCGCUACUUCACCGUUGGUGGCAGUGGUAGCAGGGCAGCAAAAGAACCAGAGGGGCAAAAUGACGAUUAAUACGAAACUGGGUGGGCACUCUGCUGGGAGGAGUCUUUAG